GGGCACAGAUCUUGAGCGUUUUAAUAUGAACUCCCUGCUCUGGGGGCUCUGGCGGUCCCUGUUUCUGAUCUGCGUGUGGUUCACACCUCGGAUCUGCUCGUCAUGGUGGUAUAUGGGUGCCCUUGGAACCCAAGUGAUUUGCGACAAUAUCCCAGGCUUAGUGAGCAGACAGCGACAACUUUGUCAUAAACAUCCCGAUACAAUGCAAUCAAUUGGAGAUGGCGCCAAAGAGUGGAUUGCAGAAUGUCAGCAUCAAUUCCGCCAUCACCGCUGGAAUUGCAACACCUUGGAUCGAGAUCACACGCUUUUUGGUAGAGUCAUACUUCGAAGUAGCAGAGAAGUCGCCUUUGUUUAUGCCAUCUCCUCUGCUGGAGUUGUGUUUGCCAUAACAAGAGCCUGUAGUCAGGGAGAACUUAGCUCUUGUUCCUGUGAUCCUCAGAAGAAAGGCAGAUCCAAGGACAACAAAGGAACUUUCGACUGGGGAGGAUGCAGUGAUAAUAUUGACUAUGGUAUUAGUUUUGCGAAAGCAUUUGUGGAUGCCAAGGAAAAGAAAGGAAAGGAUGCCAGAGCACUGAUGAACCUGCAUAAUAAUCGGGCUGGUAGAAAGGCUGUAAAACGCUUCCUGAAACUUGAAUGCAAAUGCCAUGGAGUUAGUGGAUCAUGUACUUUGCGAACUUGCUGGCUUGCCAUGGCAGACUUUCAAAAAACUGGUGACUACCUGCGGAGGAAAUACAAUGGAGCUAUCCAGGUGAUCAUGAACCAAGAUGGGACUGGUUUCACUGUAGCAAACAAGAACUUUAAAAAGCCAACAAAGAAUGACCUAGUAUAUUUUGAGAAUUCACCAGAUUAUUGUGUCAUGGACAGAGAAGCAGGUUCUUUGGGUACAGCAGGCAGAGUGUGUAACAGGACCUCUCGAGGAAUGGAUGGAUGUGAAGUGAUGUGUUGUGGACGGGGCUAUGACACAUCCCGUGUCAUGCAAGUGACAAAAUGUGAAUGUAAAUUUCAUUGGUGUUGUGUGGUCCGCUGUAAGGAAUGCCAUGAAAUGACAGAUGUGCACACUUGCAAAGCUCCUAAGAAUGCUGAUUGGCUUGAUCAUACAUGAACAGCAAGGGGCAGUUCGGACAUGGACCAUGGGACAGUCAACACUCUUACCUUUUAUCUCAUCAUUGACUAAGGCAAAACCAUCUUCAAUUUUAUUUUUCUUCUGCAUUUAGA